UUCCUAACCAUUGCAAGGAACUCGAUGUGAUGCUGAAAUUUAAUUUUUAAUUUUUUUUUUUUCAUGUUCGCGGAUUUUCAGUAAUAUAGUUUUUGCAAAGUUCUUAUACUGUGAAUGAGUGAAAUCUUAUCUAUUCGUAGUAUCGCCAAAGUUAUCAACCGUCGUAAAAAAUUUCGAGAAAUUCCGAGAAAAUUGAUACAAAAAGCUUCACCACAAUUAAAUACCUAUUUUCUACAUAAAAACGUGCAAGUAUCAGGAGUUGAAAUAUCAAAUGAGCCAUUCGCCAUUCUUUUCGAAUACGUCAUCGUCACACAACAAAUUUUUGGAAAAUUUCCCAUUACCAGCAAAAUAUUGUUAAACACAACAACUGCGUGGAAAGCUUCAGUAAAAAUUUCUUUGAUGAAACGUUUCCUGUUCGCGGGCAUUACGUACCUUUCAAGUGGAUUUUGUCUAUGAUGCAAUGUGUAAACAGUACAGUGUACACCUUUGAUACGAGAAGUACUAUACAAAUCAAAGCUGUACACUAAAUUGGUGUCGCUUGACUGUGCAUACUCGACGUUAAUAAUUUUCCAAUUUUUCGCUAAUUAAUGACUCAAGGCCGCGCUAAAAUUUCAAGGAAAAGCUUUUGUUGUGGCAGAGUGGAAUAUUUAGAGUUGUUUUUUUUCUUUUUGUUUACCUAUAAUUUCGAAAAUUCUCUCGAUCAGUAAUGAGCCGAAGUUUGAGCCGACAAGGUGCGUUUCACAAAAUGGACGUCAACAAACCGGGACAACAACGGGAUUCGUAUUUUAAUCUUUACUUGGUUACUUGCGCAGUAAACCUAGUAUCGGUAGCUGUCGGUUCCGUAGUAACAUGGACAUCUCCAACACUACCAAAAUUACUUCAGCCAAAUGACAGACUCACAAUAACCGACGACGAAGGAGCUUGGAUCGGAUCCUUGCUGGCUUUAGGGGCGAUCCCCGGACCUCUGUUGAUAACCCUGAUCGUCGAUAAAAUUGGCAAAAAGUUAUCCUUACUUUUAUGCACGAUGACCAUUUUCGUGCAUUGGAUAAUUAUAGCUUCGAUUAAUUCAUUGCAGGCCAUUUACGUGGCUAGAUUUAUCGCUGGGAUGGCUUCGGGAGUAGUUUAUAAUUUGGUGCCAGUUUACGUUGCUGAAAUCUCACCGGAUGAGAUACGAGGAUUAACUGGAUCGUUUAUGUUAUUCUUCAUCUAUUUUGGUAGCUGCAUAAGUUAUACUGUAGGACCAUAUACGUCCAUUUCGGUACUGAUUAUGCUGCUGGCUGCAAUACCAUUGGUUACAAUGCCACUUUUCAUUUGGAUACCAGAGUCGCCUUAUUACUUGAUGAAUAAAGGACAAAAGCAACAGACGUUUUCCACUCUGCAGUGUCUUAGAGGAUAUCCCUCUCCUGAGGUUAUUCAACGAGAAAUGGAUGCUUUAGAGGAAAUGAUGGAAAAAUCUCAUUUUGAAAAACUACACAGUGGAUCGCUGAUCACCCAAAUGACCCAAGCCAAAAUUUGGAAACCCAUUUAUUACGCCUGUGUGCUAAUUUUCUUCCAACAAAUGACUGGUUUUUGUGCUGCUCUGUUUUAUACCGAAACUAUAUUUCAAAAGGCAUCGCCGUCCAUUUCAUCCAGCAAUUCAGCUAUAAUCUGUGGUCUUGUGAUGUGGGCUUCCGGUGUAAUAAUUCCUUUCAUGGGGAAAUUAUUUAGAAUCAAGAAUGUUUUAUGUUUUUCGAUCAUUGGAUGUUUCUUUUGUUUGAUCAUACUUGGUUUCUAUUUUCAAGCUGUUGAAGAAGGUAAAUCUGUGGAGCAUUUUAGCUGGAUUCCUCUUCUCUGUCUAGUGACAUAUUUGGCUAGUUAUUCUCUAGGCCUGGGAUCAUACACUUGGGUUAUUUUGGCUGAAAUUCUGCACCCUUCAGUGAAGACAUUCGCGUCAGCAUUGGCCACCUCCUUAUGCUGGUUUCUGGGCUUCCUCGUCACUAGAUUUUUUGCCCCAAUGGUCGAUGCUUUGGGAUCGUCGGGAACGUUUUGGUUUUUUAGCAUAUUUUGCGUAUUUGGUGUGAUUUUCAUAAUUGUGCAACUGCCAGAUACUCAAGGUAAAUCGUUUCAAGAAAUACAAGAUUUAUUUUCGAGUAAGCGAGGUUCUAUGAGUGAUGAAGAAAUGAAUGGUGUUGGUCAAAGUUGAAGUUCCUCGAUUAAUUUUACGCGUGUAAAUAUCAAUUAUUUUAAGCUCACGUGUAUUUUUUUAUUCCUAUAGAGAGCAUGUCUGAGUAAUUUGUAAGCUUUCUCAUAUACUUAAUUAAUAAAAUUGUUUAGAAGAGAUA